AUGAAACCAGAUGGCAGUGUUGAUCGUUAUACAACGAGGCUCGUCGCCAAGGGUUUUACUCAACGACCCGGCAUUCGUUAUCAUUCAACAUUCAGUCCAGUCAUUAAGCCGACAACAGUACGACUUGUUCUUGCUAUUGCUGCCCAGACAAAUUGGGCAAUACAUCAGUUGGAUGUAAAUAAUGCUUUUUUUCAAGGUAUUGAAGUAACUCAGCAGGAUGAUAGUAUAAUCUUGUCGCAAUCCCAAUAUAUUAUGGACGUCCUCCGAGACUCGAAUAUGGACGACAUCAAAGGUGUUCUUACUCCCAUGAGUUCUUCUCAAGUUUUGGGCCUAGAUGAUGGUAGUGCCAUAGCCAAUACGAAGGAGUAUCGACAAGUUGUUGUUACACAUGUUCAUAGUGCCGAUCAGCUGGCAGACACUUUAACCAAAGCUCUUCCGAAAAGAUCCUUUCAUCAUCACCCGAGCAAAUGGGUCGUCGAUGAGGCGGCGCCACCCCUUGCAGACGGCACGAAAGCGGAGGAGAGAAUCGGCGGGUAUUCGCCGAACUAUUUCAUAAUGGAGGUCGGAGGGGAUGUCUGA